UAUCCCACUAGCAAUGGUUGCUUUGUUUACAUCUGUGUUGCUUCCACAGUUGCAUGAAAACGACAUACUUUGAAAAUAUCCUUGUUGCAUCAGUUACAGAGCCACAAACUAUAGCAUAAUUUGUUUAAAUUUCAAUAUAUUUAGUGAUACCGGCAUUACACAAACGUGUAAUAUUUCUAUAAAACCCGGUUUGUUUUUGUCAAGUUUGGACUUGAGAAAAGGGCACCUGUUGAUAAUUUUUAUCAAAGUAACAUUGUAAUGUAUAUCCCUGAAUGCUUGUCAACUUGAUUUAGUGUUUGGAACUGAAAGGAAUGCCAGGAAAAUAUAAGAGCAAGUAUGGAGAUGAUUAUGAGUCUGAUGAUCUUGAGACAACAGAUACGCUAGAAUCAACUGUUUCUGCUUCCUAAAGAACAAGUGAUUGGAAAGACUGUCAAGAUUUUGAUAAAUUGGAAGAAACAGAGUCCCUUCAUCUCCAGUUAAAAAGAAUUCAAGACCAGUAUCAGGAAGUGCCAAAAAAAGAACUCCAAGAAGACCAGUCACCCCUGGUAAAAAGAAGAAGCGCCCACAGAGUGCCCCAGCAGCCCGCACAGGUCAUGACCUGUGGAUGAAUGCAGUUAAACAGAGACUUACAGUUGGAUUAGCUUCAAACAGACACCCUACAAGCCCUCGUCACAAAACAGUCAGUGAAUAUUGGAUUGAUACUCUUAGGAAGACUGGAACAGGUUUCACGACAGAAAGCACCGGAAUGAACACAUUUAGUGGUAAGCGACCAAGAGAUAAAGACAUGCCGUACCUGAGUACACCGGCAUACCUGAGACAGAUGGCCGGAACAGAGAGACAACAUAAGGCAAAUGAUCCCAUGAGUAAAGCAUCACCAGGGACACCGGCCUACAAAUCUCAGGAGGAAUAUUAUGAACAGAUUCUUGAGUACAAGAAACAAGUUGGGGCAUUAAAUCAAGAUGCCAAUAACAUGAAGGCUAAAAUACGUAGACUAGAAGAAGAUAAUCUGAAGAAAGAAAAGGAGAUAGAUUCUUUACUGAACCCACAAAAGAGCGAAGAGCUGCGAAGGACAUUAGCCGACAAAAGACCGGAUUCCGGUUCAGUUAUACACAGUCUAAAACAGAAAAUCCUGAAACUUGAAACACAGAUGAGGGACAAGGAAACAGCGUACAUAAAACUGCAAAGUGAUUUAAAGACCACAAAGGUUGACGAGAUGAAACAACAAAUGGAGGUGUUUUAUAAUGAGAUAAUACGGUUACAACACUCGAAAGAUACAGGGAUGAAUAAAACUGACAGGCCCACAGGUCGUGAAGGGAGUGUUAAGGUCAAGGCAUUAAAUGAAACUAUUUUAAGACUGAAUAAAACUAAUGAACAUUUACAAUCGGAGAACCGAAGUUUGAAGGACGAUCUCAAAAACGCUCUCGAGAACACAGGAGGUAGACCCCAAAAUAGUAAAACAAACAGCCCGAGGAAGAAUUAUACGAUACCAGGACUAAAAAAAGAUUAUGAGGAUAUGGGCAGGAAGGAACUGUUGCAGUGUGUCACUCAAUUAGAAAAGAGAUUAGAGAAAUCAGAGAGACAUAUGGAUGGUUCUUCUAUUAUAUCAUAUGAAAGCAAGGCAAACCAUGUUCAAGGUAAAAUUGCAUUGGAUGGAAGUCUCGAAGACAGAUUAGACCAGCUUGACAAACGUGAGUCAGAGUUACUGGAACUGUUAGAGAAGAAAAAUGACAAAAUUAAACAGCUUACUGCAGAAAAAAAUAGAUGGAAGAAACGUUGUGAGGAAAUGGAGAAAAUGGUAGGUUCAGGAACGGCAGACUAUGAUUAUAGAAUGGACGAAAGAACAGAAAAAGGGUCCAGAUCAAGUAGACCGCCAAGUGCUCGAACAACCAGUACACGAGGUCAGAGGCCAACUAGUGCACGUUCUGAUGACCGACCACCUACUGCAAGAGAUCGGACACCCAGAGGGCGCCCUGACCGUCCAGACAGUGGAAGAUCAGAAAAACGCCCUGUGAGUGCUAAGAGAAGACCGUCACUGGAGAGUAGCGUGUCCGUUGCAAGACGACAGAAGAUUCGAGACUUCCAGGAAAAUCGUUCAGCUAAAACGAUACAGAGACACUGGAAGUCACAUAGGCAAGAUCAACAG